UUAGUCAAUCUGUAAGGCCUAUUAGCUCAGCUGGUCAGAGCGUGGUGCUAAUAACGCCAAGGUCGCAGGUUCGAGACCUGCAUGGGCCAAAUAUUUUGGAAUGCUUAGGGCUUGGACAAUGUAGCUCCAGCCAUGGCGGGCAGACAUAGGUAACCUGUUCUCCACUCAUUCUAGUUCCAUGGCUGCUAUCACUGCCCUCCUCCAUCCAUCUUUAUCUUCGCGUCCUCGUCUCGUCUCGUCUUAUCGCCAUCGCCCUCCUCGAGCAAGAACAUUCCAUUCUUCCACUGCAGUUCUUGUCGCCUCCUCGGCAUCACCAUCGCCAUCAUCGCACGAAGAGUUUUCAUGUCAAUCUCCAUCGCCCGACUCGAGCAAGCACAAGCUCAGGCCUCCAAAUCGACUCUCGCGAAUGGCCGGCGGGGACGAGUUCCCCGACCACUUGCUCCAAGUAGAGAGCCUCCUCCACAUCCUCCGCUCCACGGCUCCCAAUCCCUCCAAGGCCGAAGCUCUAGACGCGUGGAGCGGGGAUCUCACACCGGAGAUCGUCGGCAAAGUCAUCCAGGCUCUCAAGUUCGUCGACGAUGCCGUGUUCUUCUUCACGUACGCGCAGCAUAGGCCCGGCUACCGCCACUCCAUCUACACCUACAACUGCUUCCUGCGUGUUCUCCUCCGGGCUUGCCUCUACGAUCGCGCCCGAGAGCUCCUGUCCGAGAUGGUCGACUCCUGGCAGCUCCCAAACGCGUCAACUUUCGCGGUCAUCUUGCACGGCUUUGGCGACGUCGCGAUGGCCUGCGAGGUGCUCGUCGAUCUCAAGAGCAAAGGUGUGGCUCCCAACACCGCGGAGUGCAAUGCCAAGAUCACCGCUCUCUGCAAGGAGGCCCGCUUCGACGAUGCCAAGCUGCUGUUCCGGAAGAUGGUAGAGAUGGCUGCCGAGGACGUGACGAGCUACUAUCUCCUUGUUCGUCCGCUUUGCAAGGCCAAGAUGAUCGAGGACGCCGAGGUGCUUGUCACCGAGUCGAGGAAGAAGUUCCGGGAACUCCCGCUCCACAAUCUGGUGGUGUCCUCGUACUGCAAAGGGAAGAAGCUGGAUGCUGCCGUGGCCGUGUACGAGAAGAUGGUGGCGACGAACUCUUGCUCGGCGGAUUUCGUCACCUACACCAGCCUGAUCCAGGGACUCUGCAAGGUGAAGCGGCUGGAGCAGGCCUUGAUCUUCCUGGGGAAAAUGGUCUCCAAAGGCUUCCACCCGGACGUUUACACCUACACUGCCGUCAUCCACGCCCUGUGCGUCGAGAACCGGCUCCACGAAGCUCGAAAGUUUCUGGAAGAGAUGGCCAACCGGAACCUCACUCCAAACGUUGUCACGUACACGGUUCUCAUCGACGGGCUCUGCAAAGGUGGCCGGGUCGACGAGGCUGUGGCGCUGCUGUCCAAGAUGCGGAAGAAGUGCGUCCCCACGGCUGUGACUUACAACAGCCUGAUAAGCGGUCUCUGCAAGGCCGAGCGGGCGAGCGAGGCCUACGACCUCCUGGAGGAGAUGGUGUACAGCGGCUGCAUCCCGGAUAUCUUCACGUAUACCACGCUCAUCACCGGCUUCUGCAAGUCAAAGAAGUCGGAUGAUGCUCUCCGAGUAUUCGAGCAGCUGGUUGCCAGAGGCUUCCGUCCCGACGUUGUCACGUACUCGUGCUUGAUCGAUGGACUUUGUAAGGAAGGCCGGCUCAAGGAGGCGAUCGAUCUCUUCGGCCGGAUGAUCAAGAGCGGCAGCUGUAUGCCGAACACGGUGACUUACAACUCCCUCAUCAGCGGCUUCUGUCGGAUGGGAAAGAUGGACGAGGCGAUGAACCUGCUGGAGAGGAUGGCCGAGACUGGAAGCUCUCCGGACGUGGUGACUUACACCACUCUCAUGAACGGCUUCUGCAAGCUGGCGAGGCUAGACGAUGCGUACGAUCUUCUCAACCAGAUGACCCGCAAGGGGCUCACCCCGGACGUGGUGACUUUCACGAGCUUGAUGGACGGGCUCUGUCGAGAGAACCGGCUGAGUGACGCUGUGCAUAUCCUCGGUGAAAUGAGGAGGAAGAGCUGCUCACCCACAGUCUAUACGUAUAACACCAUCCUCGAUGGCUACUGCAGAGCAAACCAGUUGGAGGAGGCCCGGAAGUUCAUGCUGGAGGAGAUGGACUGUCCUCCCAACGUUGUCUCGUUCAAUAUCAUGAUCCGGGGACUGUGUAAAGUUAACCGGUCCAGCGAAGCCAUGGAGCUCGUCGAAGAAGCCCGAAGAAGACGUUGUAACCCGGACGUGGUGAUGUAUACCACUGUUAUCGAUGGCCUUUGCAGAGAGAAGAAAGUCGACGAGGCUUGUCGAGUGUAUAGAAAGAUGCUGGAGGAGCCCGGGUGCUUGCCAAACUCUAUAACGUAUUCCACAUUGGUUACUGGCCUUUGCAAUGCUGGUAUGCUUGAUCGAGCUCGCGGGUAUAUAGAGAAGGGCUGUGUUCCAAACAUCGGGACUUAUAACCUUCUCAUUGAUGCGUUUCGUAAGGCCAAUCGCGAUGAGGACGCUCGCGAGCUCCUAGAUGAUAUGGUCCAGAGAGGCUUCGGUGUUGUCCAAAGCCACCAACGCUGAAAGUUAUGCUUCCGGUUUCAUGUCUCGGAGCCUUGUCCAUGCCUCCUCGAAGUCUUCUGGAGGAGGACAUGUGAAGUGAACGUACUUUUCUGUGGCAGGGUGCUCGAACCUGAAAACGUUUAUUAGCUCACGCAAAUUUCUUAUACGAAACCUCACCCGAGGCUAUAGGCAUGCAGACAAGGGCGACGAAUGUCCGAUGUGAACUCGUGAAUCUUCUUUCGGCUGUUCGUUUUAGUCGCGCUUAGAGCGGAAAAUAGAUUCGAAUUCGCUUUUCCCACUGUUCCUCCAUAAACAUCAUCCCCAAGCAGCGGGAAACCCAUGUAACGUGCAUGAACUCUUAUCUGGAAGGUUCAGUUUAGUAUCAGAGCUCCUGAAAUUAAAGAAUACGAACUUGAUGAGUUCUCCCUGUCUCCAGCUUCCACUGAACAAGAGCCACACCACCAUUUGCGAGAA